AUGACUUCAGCGCCACCCUCCCCCCUCCGCGCAGCCAAUGCCGCCUCCUCCGCGCCAGUCCCCCCUCCGGCCAUGAAACCCUCCGCUCCGCCCGUGAAUAUCCUCUCAACGCAACUCGCCCGAACAUACUCGUUCGUCCAUCCCGCCGCGCUGCUGGCCAUUCUGGCUACACGGUUCCAGGCGCUGGUCGCUGAUCCCGUCGCGGAAAUGCUGAAUACACUCCCCUUCUUGGCGCUCCUGCAGGUGACAUACGUGAUGGUGUGUCUGCCGCCCGCGGGGUCGGUGCUGUCCUCGCCGCCGGCGUCUCCGGUAGGCGAGGGGGACGAGAAGGAGAAGGAGAAGGAGAAAGAGAGAGAGAAGAGGAAGCUCCCGCUUCGAGCGGGGAAGCUCGCCCGGAGGAAGAACCAGGCGCAUGCGGCCGGUUUGUCCGCGAAGUUGACGCCCGCCCUUCUCUCCCUAAUCCUCACCUUCCUCCUCGCGACCCCCGUCCUCGCACUCCUCCUCGUUCUCUUCGGCGCCCCCCUGACAACACACAAUGCCGAGACGGUCCUCUGCGCCGCGCACAUGGCGCUCCUGGCCUCGACAGCGCUGAUCUACGUGCAUGGUGUUGACGGCGCCGUGUGGCGCGAGGUGUGGGCGUUUGCGCGCCCGGCUGAUGCCGUCUGGGGCGGUGCGCUGGGAACGGCUCUCGGGGCGUGGUUUGGGGCUGUGCCGAUUCCGCUGGAUUGGGACCGUCCGUGGCAGGCUUUUCCGAUUACUAUUCUGACGGGUGCGUAUAUCGGGUUUGCGGUGGGGUCUGUGGUUUCUCGGUCGUCGUGGUUGUUUGGGAAAUGGCUUGAGUUUACGCCGGAGCAGGAUGAUCGGGAUAAGAAGACGGAGUGA